UGCUAAAAACGUAUCAGUUUUCCUGAUGGCUUCGAUCGAGUCGGUCGCACACGGAGCUCUCCAACUGUCUUUGAAGCAGAAGCAAAGGAAUAAUUAGACCUAAAAGGAGUAUAGUUUCGUUGUUGCAAUACAUAACCAGUGCAAGAGACCGCUCUAAGUAGAGUGAACAAAUUUCAGUGACAAAAUAGAAAAAGAGUACUUUUAGUAGAAAGCUAUCACAUCGUAAGCAGGAAAGGUCAGUUCAAUGUGAUCACUGCCAGUGCGUAAAUACAUCCCGACACCGUAAAGCAGCAGCAAGCAGUGGGCCCUCUUGUUGCGUCGUUCCAAUUCGUGCGCCGUCCGUUCGCGGCUUGUCCGCUGGGUAACCGAAACUCACCGAACAUAGAGCGCCCAGCGCGGUAAAUAGUGGUGAGUACCGGCCGAGCUGCCAGCGUGAGCGCUGUAUGUGCUAUAUACUUGCGCGCGGCACGGUACACCCAUACAUCGAUGGGCCCACAUUCGACGGCUUGGCAGCGAGCAAACGAAUAAGAACCGGUCAGAGUUACGGGAACUGCCGUGCUGUUCGGACGUGCGUUGUUCGGUGGGCUAAGUGAGAGCUUCUACCCGCAGCUCAACAGUGUAUUGGCAAAUUCGCGCAAACUUAACUGUAUGUGUGUGCCAGAGAGAGAAAGAGUGUGCGCUUCCUAACACAAUAUCGGUAUAACAGCUAGCGCCCUCUACAGUGUGUGCGGCAAACAGCGGCAGAGCAAAACAACAAGAAGCAGCAACUCCACACGAUCAGAAAUAAGCUUGUGUUGGUGCGUGUUUUUUUUUCCUACACAACCCUACCUUGAGCCGGUUGUGUGGUUCGUCGUGUACGAUCUUACACGCUGGUGCGCUAAGCUGGUGUAAGUGAGCGGCCGUGUGCGACAAAUGCGCGCGCGCAAUCGGCGUGUGUUUUAGGUGAAACGUAAGGUUGUGUGUGCAGAAAAAAAGCGAUCAAAUAGUGAACGUGAAUUUACAAAGAAAAGCAAUAUAAAAAGCAAGUGUCUUGUAAGCCUGUUUCGCACACAGAAAGGAAUAAGUGAAAUCGUGCUGGUGAGGUGAAUAUUCCAAUUUUAAAGUGUUUUCACUACACACACACACAUAGCUACCUUGCCCUGUGCGCCUGUGUGCUUAAGUUUGGGUGUGUGUGUGUAUAUGUGCGCGCACAGUUCAACCAAAGUCGGCGCUGCACCACACUAUACACACAUAGCAACGGUGGUUUUAGCGUCCCCGAGAGUCGGUGUGUGCGUGCGUGUGCGUGGCCUUCGCAAACCUCAGUACGUUGUGCGUGUGUGUGAGUGUGUGUUUGCGCGCAUGUAGUUAAGUGCAAAAAGAUGAUAAAUUGCAUUCGAGAAAGAAGAAAUGUGUGCCUGCAUUUGAAGCUUGUGCAGCAGCAGCGAAGGAAACGUGCUGUGGGAAAGUGAAGUGUAAAUACACUCACUCGCACACACACAGUUGUAUGUGUAAGCAAAGAAAAGAAGCAAAAUUGGAAGUGGAAAAAAGAAUAACAAAAAAGCUGUAUUGUUCCCGCUGAGGCUGGGAAAAGAAAAGGCAUAUUAAGUGUACGGCGCACACGAAGCAAGCCCUGUGGAGUGAGCUGUUAAAAAGCAGCAUUGGAAAUGUGCUAAAGAAAGUGUGUGUCAGUUUGAGUGUGUGGUGAAAAACGGAAGAAAUUAGCUGUAAACAGCUAAUGCGAAAAAAAGAAAACAAAAAUUGUGAGAAGAAGUGAUUGUUUUCUGUCUUCCGCUUCUUCUUGCACUGCAAUUUCUGCUGGGCUCCUCAAACGAGGGCAAACAGUGCCCAACGUGUAAGUAAGUGUGUGUGUAUGGAAAAUCGAGUGAAAUCUCACCACCGUUGACGUCGUCGUCAUCGCUGUCGUGUUUUGGAUUAAAAGUUCAAGAAGCGAGUGAGAGUGUGGGUGUGAAAACGGAGGGAGAAAAACCAACCCCCCUCCAUUCAACAUGCUGCCGGCGACCAUCGACGUUCGUUGUCAAUUUCGAAAGGAUUAAAAAGCAAUAUCAUACCCCCAUCCCCCCCAUACACACCAUAUCACACAAUUUCCCGUUAACCUAACUACACACACACACACACAUAACUCACCCCACUGUCACCAAUGGUACUCCUGCUGCACAACGACGUCCUGUCGGGCGCCAGCACGGAAAUGGCCAGCGAGGGAACGCCGGCGAAGGUGUCCUCCGUGCCGCCACCACCACCCGCGGUGGCCGAUACCACCAACACCACCGAUACGACGGCACCACCGCCACCCUCACUGACAAUCAGCAUCUCCACGGCGACGGCAGCAAACGCCGAUGACGUCACAGCGAAGGCAAUGUUUGGCAGCGCGGGGCCACUGUCGCCGUACCGGCCGAGCCGGGUCAAGCUCGGCUCGGUCCACCCGUGCAUCACCUGCCACCUGUGCAAGGGCUAUCUGAUCGAUGCGACCACGAUCGUCGAGUGUUUGCAUUCCUUUUGCCACAGCUGCAUUAUGAAGCACUUGCGCACGGAACAGUACUGCCCCCAGUGCGAAAUGAUGAUCAACAAGGCGAAACCCAACAUCAAACCGGAUGCAACGCUGCAGGCGAUCGUGUACAAGCUGGUGCCGCGGCUGUACGAAAAUGAGCUGCGCCGGCGGCGUGCCUUCUACCGGCUGCACCCGGAAAUGGCGACCGUCGCGACGCCGGAGCAGCGCGGCGAGGACACCGAGUAUCUCAUCUUCAGCCCGAACGAGAAGAUCUCCCUAUCGCUCGAGUACGCGGAAAAGGAGCUGGCGGAAGACAACGAGGAGCUGCUGAAGGCCAAGUAUCUGCUCUGCCCGGCGGUGUUUUCGAUCGCGCUGCUGAAGAAGUUUAUCAUCUACAAGUACGGCAUCUCGGAGCGCCAGUUCUGCGUGGAGAUUAUGUACAAGGUGAAGACGAUCAUCCUGCCCGACUACUACACGCUGAUGGACGUGGCGUACAUCUACACCUGGAAGCGGGAUGCACCGAUGAAGUAUUACUAUCGCAUUCGCACGACGGAAUCGAACCCGGUGGAGCUGCCCGAGGUAGCGCUGCGCCGUUCGCCCAGUCUGGUCACUGCCCUGCCAGCCCAGCGACCGUCCGUGGACGAGGAGGACGAUAAGGAGAAUCGGGUGCGGCUCGAUCGGAUCGUGUCGGAGGCGGCAUCGAACGAAAGUGACAGCAGUAGCAGUAGCAGUAGCAACGCCAUCGCCAACACUCCCCGUGCCGAUGCGUCCAAACCGCCGACGGCUGCCCCUGUGACGCCCGCGCCAGAAUCGCCCGCCACCCCAACGCAGCCGCGCAAGAACGAAUCAAUCAAGCUCAAGAUUGGGCUGAACAAGAACACGUACGUGAGCAUCCUGCAGAGCCCACAGCCAGACGAACCGAGCACCCAUUCGUCGUCGUCGUCGUCGUCCUCUUCCUCCGCCAGCUCGCCGGGAAGCGAGGGCGCCAAAUCGUCGUCGUCCCACAAGUCGGAAAAGUCGAAGCGCAAGCGCAAGGACGCGCUCGCGACGCUGCAGCAGAUGGAGGAGAACUCGCGCGAGCUCAAGUUCAAGAUCGAGCAGAUGAAGGAUACCGGGCUGGUCGGCAGCAAGAGCAAGAGCGGCAAGAGCAGCGCCAAGCACCACCAGCACCAGCAGCAGCUGGCCCUCGUCCCGUACAAGGUGGAGCUAAGCGCCGGCCUGAGCCAGCCGUCGGCGGUGCCCGAGCCCGAGCGCUCCGACUCGAAGCGACUGCACAGCGCCAAGAACGGUUCAAACAGCGCGUCGGGUUCGUCGCCUGCCUACUGCAAGCUUAAGAUAAAGAAGAGCAGUCCCGAGGACGGCAAGCAGCAGCAGCACCACCACCAUCAUCAUCCGAUUGUGCUGAAGAUCGAUCAGCGCAGCCCCGAGAUGGCGACGGCCACGCUGAAGUUUGGCAUGCCGCGCAAGUCGGAGAAAAGCAUGACACCUUCCCCGCCGCCACUGCCGCCAUCUCCACCGACACCGCCCUCACCGAAGCAGAAGUUUGCCGACGAGAAGUCCCAGUUCCUGAACUCGUUCCAGCUCACGCCGAUUAAGCCGUCGGAACAGUCGUCGUCUCCUUCGAAAACGUCUGCCGCUGCCACUACCACUGCGACGACGACGACACCUCCGGCUGCGGUGGAAAGUGUUGCGCCGGCUGGGAAGAAGUCUCCCACUUCCACCUCCAGUGUCCCACCGGUGGCUGCUCCUACGAAUAGCACGUCUCCACCAGCCUCCAACGGCACGGGCACGACGACCAAGCGCAAAGCAAAGGACGCGUCGUCGGGUGGUGGUGUGCCCCGUUCCGGCCCAAAGAAGCCAAAGCUUUCCAACGACGAGAUCAAGGCGAUCGUGGAGAAGACGGUGGCGGAAAACAUUCGCUCCCCGUCGGAACAUAUCGUGCCGCCGAUCUUUCUCAAACCGAAGCCACCAACAACGACGACAGCAGCGGCAGCGUCAGGCCAACCGUCACCACCGCUGCCCUCUUCUUCUGCGCCGACCAAAGCGAAAGACCCCUCGCCCAAGCGUGACUCGCCGCGGCCAUUCGUCUUCAAAACACCUCCACCGCCGCCACCGCCCCCGAUCGUGUCGGCCAACAACAUCCCGGCGGUGAAACCCUCCCAGCAGGUACUACCAGCACCCGUCCCGCAGAAACCGGCACCCGUCCCGAUCCGACCGGCGCUCACCACCGCACCGAAACCAGCCGUUCCUCAGGUCCCGCAAACGCACAUCCGCAAGCCAACGGCACCGACCAAACUGCCGACCUCCGCUCCGGCCGGAACUGCCGGUGUAAAGAGUGCCAGCCCGCCCGCCCAACAACCCCUCAGCAAUGGUUCCCAACAGCAACAGGCCUCGAACGCGACCACCCACAGUGUGGCGGCCGGUGCCAACAGGCAGCAGAAGGGGCUCGAGCUGAAGCGUGCCCAGAGCAACCCGUCGAUCAACAUUCCACCACCACAGACCAGUGCCCCGCCCGUAACAGUGCCGCGGGACACCGAGAUCAGCAAGCUGCGGCCGGAGGAUCUGAAGAAGAACCAGAAGGUGUACGGACCAGAACAGCAGCAGAAGCCCAACACGACGAUGGAAGCGACGGGAGCCAGUUUUGCCGUCCCGGGACCGAAAGCCGCCCCAAAGCCGUCCUCAUCCUCGGCGGCGGUGCCCGCUGGGAACGCCACCAAAUCUUCUGGCUCGGCCCCAGCAGGCCAGGGGACGAAGGCGCGCCCGGUGAACUAUCUGAACUACGCGCUGCUAAACAGCAAGGCGGCCGCGGCCGGGUCCCGCACGCCCAUCCCCUCCUACUCGUCCAGCUCGCCGAGCUACUCGCCCGACUCGCCCCAGUACAGCCCGAACCUCAACUUCUCCUCCAAGCAGUUCAAGUACGCGAACCCGCUCGCCUACAACAGCCACCUGCAGAACAUGCUGAACGAUCGCAGGACGGGCAGCACCUCACCGCCCGGCUCCUCCACCAGCGCCAUCCCAGCCUCAUCGCCUUCACCCCCGCAAGACCGCCCGGCGGCGACGACUUCCAACGCGUCCGGCAACAAGCGACCCGCCUCAGCGCUCAGUCCCACCGCGGACGACAAAAAGCAACAGCCGCCGGAGAAGCAGCCGGCCCUACUGUCGGCCGCGGUCGCCGCCCCCAAUCCGGCCGACAAGUUCCCGUCGGGCAUACCGGACGGGCUGUCGGUGACGCUGGCGACCGACGAUGACGAUGCGGCCCGCAUCAAGAACGUCAACAAGCAGCUGAAGAACAACUUCAUCGAGAUACGGGCCCUGCCGGAGGUGCCGAUUACGGAGGUGAAGCUGCCGCUGCCAUUGCCGAGCAGCAGCACAACUACGACGGCGUCGAAACCGGGCCGUCGGACGCCACCGGGGAAGGCGGCGGCCGCCGCCGGGUCGCCGGGCACUUUGUCUGGAUCGCCGAUGCCACGCAAAUCGAGCUCACCGAGCGUGGCGGCACCGACCUACAGUGUGGCUGCCAGUGCGCCGCCCAAAACGAGUGUGUCCUCGGCAGCGCCACCGCCCGCCAACCGGCCGGCUGAUGCGCUGCAGCGCAAAAUUAUCGAUUUGAUCGACAAACCUUCACCUUCUUCGUCGGGGAAAACGUCAUCAAAGCCGCCCCCCACCAUGCCACCGGUGUCGCGUCCCAGCACACCGAAGGGAGGAGGCUCGGGCAGCUUUCCCCCCGUUAACAGCGGUAACAAGUUUAAGCUGCCGAACGCGACCGUGAACGAGAACGGGACGCUCAAGCUGAACAACUAUCGAGAAGUGGAUUUAAUUCCGAAGGGGGCUGCUGCCAGCGGGCCAAAGUCGGCCCCGUCGCCGCCCUCGGGAGCGUCUUCCCGCACGAUGCCACCGCAGACGUCAUCCGCCAGCUCCAAGUCGAUCAUGCCGAUCGCACCGAAACCCUCCUCCUCGCAGCUGCAAUCGUUCGCGAACGGGCGGAUGGCAAUGUCGCCACCGAUCCAGCGCUCCCCAACCGCCACCAGCGGCUACCAGCAGCCGAAAUCGAAAACGCCGCCCUCCCAGCUGCCCUCCAUGGCCAGCAUGGGCCCGAUGUUUGACAUCCAGAUGAAGUCGGCCAUAGCGGCGGCUGCGGCCAGCGGCGGUGGUACCACACCGUCGAAGAAACCGCCCACCUCCUCCACCACACUCACCUCCGCCACCGUGCCGCGGCGCAAGAUCGUCCCCACCAGCAACUCGACCUCGCUCGUGCCGCUCAAAACGUCACCCGUGGCGGCAUCGCCCAGCACCGCCGCCGGUGGUGCCGGCUCGAAGCUGCUCAGCAGCAACUACUCCGACUACAUCACGCUGCAUCCGCAAGGGCCCGUUUCCUCCUCAGCGCCACCGUCCCGGCCGCUGUUCGGCACGCCGCACCAGCAGCAGCACGCCGCCCUCACGCAGAUACUGAGCGAAAACUUUGCCCGCCAGUGCUUCAACAAUCUGCCCUUCCCGUACCUGCUGCAGCAGUUCGCGCACCAUCAGCCGGGCGCCACGAGCAUGGGCCCGCGCGGUCUCGGCUCGGACUCGGUCACCAUUACGGCGUCGCCGAUGGGAGCGGCGCGCGGUGCCGUGUCGCAGAACUCGCUCACUGUUACUGCCAUCCCGCCCGGGCAGCAGGGUGGCGGUGGGGGAGGGAGUGGGGCCAGAGGUUCAGGAGGAGGUGGGCUGAAUGGUCCGCGCGGUGGUAUUGGGGGCGGUGGUCCAAAUCCUGCCUCACGCAACUCCUCCUGAGUGGUGCUGAUCGAGCUGUAGAGUGCUUGUGGAUGAUGCGGGUUUCCGCGCAGUGCAGAGCAGGGGGGAAGCAAAUGGGGCUGCUUUGCUGGCUCAUUUUCUUCCUCUUUGCGUGCAAUCAUCAUCAAACAGACAAGCUACUCUACAGCCAUCGGGCUACAGUGCCAGUUUACUAGUGUGUGUGUGUGUGUUUGUUUCUAUAGAAACAGACAUAAACAACGAUCCUUUCAUAGGACACUUGGAUGAAAAGAGAAGAGGCGUGUGAGCGUGUGUUGCAUUUCGCACACGUGCGAACGAGAAACGAGACAGAGAAACGAUCAGGAGGAUCAAUUCCCUUUGGAAUUGUCAUCCCCAAAAAACAACUGUUAGAAGUAAGCUUUUAAGAUGUAUAAGUAUGCAUAGUUGUCGUUGUUAAUUGUGUGUUACACUGUGAAUGUUGAUUACAACCCUUACACUCUAAAGCCUUUCACACCCACCUACCUGCGCGCGAUGUGUCUGUAGUAUGGGCAAUAUUUUACUUUUUUUUUGAAAUUUUUAAGCUAAAACAGACACUGUAAAUAAUAGCGAUGAUAAGGAGACACAUACCUGUUUGUUGCCCUGAAAAAAAAGGACAAAGCUAUUAGCUCUCUCUCUUGUUCUAUCUCGACACUAGGUCGAUGUUGUCCUAUGCGUAAGCCAGUACUUUUCGUUUCAGCACGCGUCCUUCCUUAAUAUUCCUUUAAAAAGCCGCUCGUGUUACAGUGCUGCGCGAAUUUUAUCGCUGUGUCCUUCUGUGUGUCUACGUUUGAUAAAGCUAUGUCUUAGUAGAAACUGCAGCAACGAAGCGUGUUCGUGCGCCUUGUGUCACUAAAUCAUAUCUCGCGGCGCCUACAGAGGCCUAUAGAAAUUCAUACACGAGAAACACCGCAAUAGAAGCAACGUCAAAUGCGGUCGCCUUUAUCGCGUACGUAAAGGCACAAGAGGAAACGAAUAAGUAGCAAUAAGAAAAAAUAAUAGCAACAGCAAAAAAUGUAACAUAAGCAUUGCGAAGAAAAGUGAAAAAGUGUGAACUAUUAAGUGUUUUUUUGUGUUUGUUACUGAAACAAAAUGAAGUACGAAAACGCAAAACUUACACAAACGUAUAGCAGAGAUAAUCGAAUUGGAUUGUAAAAAAAAACAAACACGAAACGAAUCAGGAACGCGAGGGAACGCAAAACAAUCAAUGAAGUAAUAUGCUUUUUUUUACUUGGCAAUAAGCCAUAGCCGGUAAGAGGUAGGCCGCCCUUCUUUGUUACGAUUUAAGUUGCAUUUUUAUUAUUAUUAUAAUUAUUUUAACAAUAUUUAUUACUCAAUGUUAAAAAGUAUGUAACGAAAUAAGUUUCCAAAAGAAAAAGAACCCUGAUCUAUAGGAGUGAACUGUAUCAAUAAUCGUCCUUGAAGGGGAAGAAUGGCAUUUAACCUUGCUUUUGCUUCUUCUUCUUCUUCUUAUUCUUCUUCUUGUUGCUGCAAGAAGAAGCCUUGUUGUGUUUUACGAUUUAUUGUUGACCUGGCCAUUCCGGGCGCAUUUAGAGCAGGUAGCCGGAGGAAUUAUAUUAUUAUUUAUGACGAAUGCAAGUCAUCUCUUUCACUCUGUCUCUCUCUAUAUUGGGCAUAUUCUUAUUCGCAAAAGAAACACACAAAGAAGGUGUGAACGCAGCAGCUUCGGGGUUUAGGUUCAAAAGCUCGCUUAUGUUUUUCGCAACAACAAAAAAAGAGAAAGAAAGGAAAGUAAUGUUAGAAGAAGAGAUGCAAAAGGGAAACGGAUUCGGAAUCCAAAAAUUCCGCCAAAAUCGAUUUCAUUGUAUACUAUUAAUGCGCAUAAGUUUUGUAUACCAUUAAACAACAUAUACACGUGUUUUUGUACUGUGUGUGACUGUGUAUGUGUGUGUGUAUUUUAGCAUAAUCUCUCACAAGAACAAGUGAAUCGCCCAUAAUCUACACAAGUAGUCGUAUGCGCCCCCAUCCUGUACCCGGCAGGAGAUAGGGUUUUUAGCAGCAGAGUGUAAAUUAUUGUAAAUAUAGCUCAUAUACACAUAAUAGUACACCCCUCCCUUACCCUCCCAAACCCCGUGAAAUCUCUUGUGUAAGUACUGGCGCAACCCUUUACUGCGCACAGCAAAGUCAGCAAAUAAAUGCACAUAUUACUAUUAUUAUUAUUAAAAAUGAAA